AAAUAAAUACAAUGUGUUGCAUCUCGCUCCUCUCUCUCUCUCCUCUCAACCUCUCUCUGUUCUCUCUCUCUUUACCAUUUUGGUGGUCCUUCUGCAACUCAGACCAAAAUUUAAACGCGGAUCUUCUCGUCAUCUGUUGUUCUUAAGAAUCAUAGUUUUCUCUCUCUAAACUUCGAAUGGGUUGCACUGUUAGAGAAAAACAUAUUCGAGCCAAUCGUAGGCCUCGAUCGGUUAAACCCGAUAUCGAUAACAACAAUCUUGUAGACAGAAGAUCAAUCUCUAAAUCUGUAAUUGAAUCGGGUCUCAGACCAUUGGAAAAUCAAGUGGGUGUCACUGAAUCAACCCAAGACAUAAACCCUAACCCUAAUUGUAAUCCCAAUUUUGAUGAAAAUGGUUGGGGCUACUGUACUGAAGAACAAUUGGAAGAAAUUCUGUUGAAAAACUUGGAGAUUUUAUAUAAUGAAGCUAUUUCAAAGCUUGCUGGUUUGGGCUAUGAUAAGGACGUUGCUUUAAAAGCUAUACUGAGGAAUGGGCAUUGUUAUGGUGGGAUGGAUGUGUUGACGAAUAUAUUGCAUAAUUCUUUGGCUUAUUUGAACAGCGGGUCUGGGAGUAAUAAUGGGAACUCGGAGGAAUCUGAGCCAGUAUUUGUUGAUUUGAGGCAAUUAGAGGAGUAUUCCCUUGCGGCUAUGGUUUGUUUGUUGCAACAAGUUAAGCCGCAUCUGAGUAAAGGGGAUGCCAUGUGGUGUCUCCUCAUGAGUGAGCUUCAUGUGGGUCGAGCGAGCGUGAUGGAAAUUCCUGUUCUUCCUUCUCCUAGUAGUAAUGAGUGUAGCAGUCAUGCUCAUAGCAAUGUUGCAAGUGUUACUAAUAAUCAGGUUGGGGUUGCUCCCAUGCUUUGCAAGGCUCAUGGUGGCUGGGGUUUUGGAAAUGGAGGUACUUCUGAAUUCGCUGUAAAUGGGUUUCCAUCGUAUGCAUCAGAAAUUAUUAUGCAAAGAGAAAUUGAGUGUCCGAAGGGGUUUAAUCUUACACCUUCAAUGAAGUCAACAUUGAAGAGGAAUGUUACAAUGUUUGUCGCAGGCUAUAGAGCAAACUUGAAACAGUCGCAGACACACUCUCAGGCUUCCCCUGGCUCUUUAUCAGGUGGAGAUUUGCCAGUAGGAGUUGUAUCAGGAGAGGAAGUUCCAGCUGAGCAGACCGAGGAGCUUCAAAAUUCAAAGAACCAAGAUGUGGUUAGUUCAAUGUUGAGUAAAUUUCGUGAGUUGAAUCUUGAUGAGAAUAUAGAAUGUGUACCAGAAGAUCAGAAAGAUGAGAUGGUUUUAAGUUUGAUUCAUCAGAUUAAAGAUCUUGAGAGACAAGUAAAGGAGCGAAAGGAGUGGGCUCAUCAGAAGGCAAUGCAAGCUGCAAGAAAGCUCAGCCAUGAUCUCACUGAGCUCAAGAUGUUGAGGAUGGAAAGGGAGGAGACCCAACGACUGAAGAAGGGGAAGCAGACGCUUGAGGACACAACCAUGAAGAGGCUCUCAGAGAUGGAGACUGCUCUGAGGAAAGCAAGUGGUCAAGUGGACCGGGCAAAUGCAGCUGUGAGGCGGCUUGAAACUGAGAAUGCAGAAAUCAGAGCAGAGAUGGAGGCUUCUAAGUUAAGUGCAUCAGAGUCAGUUAAAACCUGUUUGGAGGUUGCAAAGAGGGAGAAAAAGUGCCUGAAGAGGCUCUUGGCUUGGGAAAAGCAGAAAACUAAGAUGCAGGAGGAAAUUGCAGCAGAGAAACAGAAGAUUUUAAAGCUGCAACAACAGUUGGUUCAGAUUGAGGAGUCUCAGAAGGAGGCUGAGGGGAAGUGGAGGCAGGAGCAGAAGGCUAAAGAUCUAGCUCUAACACAAGUGGAGGAGGAACGGCGUCUCAAAGAGGCAACUGAGGCUAGUAAUAAAAGAAAGCAUGAGGCCUUGCGCCUGAAGAUUGAGAUAGACUUCCAGCGCCAUAAGGAUGACCUUCAGAGACUGGAGCAAGAAUUAUCACGGCUUAAAGUGUCUGCACAAUCCACUGACUUGCAUCAUCAAUCUGAUAAUUCACCAACAGGAAACCCAGAGGGGGAAAAACCACAGGGAGAAACAAUUGCAGGAUUGCUCCAUGAAUUAGAUAAACUGGAGGAUUCUUCAGUGAAAGACAACUGCCGUGAUAGGGAAUGCUUAAUAUGUAUGAAAGAUGAAGUUUCUGUUGUUUUCCUCCCAUGCGCCCAUCAAGUUCUUUGUGCUGAUUGCAAUGAUAACUACGGGAAGAAGGGAAAAGCUACAUGUCCAUGCUGUCGGGUUCCAAUUGAACAAAGAAUCCGUGUGUUCGGUGCAAGCUCAUGAUCAUGGUGCUGAGAAUACAAAGGGUAUGCCCGGUUAAUCCAUCUCAGGUAGAGAGUAAAAGCAAUGUGUUUCCUCAUUACUUGCAGCAGUAAGGACCUGUGGCUUUUACCAUUUACAGUACGUUUUUUUGAAACAUUGUGGUUGUAUCAGCAGAAUUGAAUGUAUGUAAAUAAGUGGCAAAGCCUGUAUGGAGCUUCUGCUUUCAUUUUAUAUUUACUGCAAUGCAUAUUAUAUUACCCAGGAGUGGGGUUUGUUUCACUCAACUUUUACUUUCGUCUCUGAAUUACUGUAAUGCAUAUUGCUUCUUGUCA